AUGCUUACUAAAGAAUUUGCAUUUAACUUUACAAAUGAAUGGAUUAAUAGUUGGAAUUGUCAUGAUAUUGAUAAGAUAAUGAUUCAUUAUGAUGAUUCUAUUGAUUUUACAUCACCAUUUAUUAUUCAAUUUAAUAAUGAUCCAAAUGGAAGAAUUUCAAAUAAAAAUGAUUUAAAAGAUUAUUUUUCUCGAGCCUUAAAUAAAUUUCAAGAUUUACAUUUUGAAUUAUUAAAUACUUUUCUAUCUGUUAAUUCUUUAAUCAUUCAUUAUAAAAGUGUUAAUAAUAUGAUUGCAGCUGAAUAUUUUGAAUUUAAUGAUCAUGGAAAAAUAAUUCAAGUAAAAGCACAUUAUUUAAACUCAUUUUAA